AUAUGAAUGGGCGAAAGAUCUGUGUUAUUGGAGCUGGGGUUAUAGGAUUGUCAUCUGCUGUUCGACUCCAAGACAAGAUACCAGACAUCGACAUAACCAUUAUAGCUGAUACAUUUUCUCCACACACAACUUCUGAUGGAUCUGCUGGUUUUUGGGAACCACAUUUAGUCAACCCGGAUCAAAGUGAAGAGAUAAGGAAAUGGGGCCAGGAUACAUUUGACUAUUUACUAGAUUUGGUCCAGUCACCGGAAGCAGGAAAACUGGGUGCACAGCUUGUAUCUGGGUAUGAUUUCUCAAUUGAACACAAUGACCAGGACCCAUUCUGGAAGGAUCAAGUUAUAGCCUACAGACGAUUAGAACAGAAAGAAAGAAAACUUCAUCCUAAAAAUAAAGGAGGAAUAUUUUACACUUCAUUAGUAAUAGACGUCAAGUCAUAUCUCCCCUGGUUAAUGCAGAAGUAUAAGUCGAGAGGAGGAAAAGUUCAAUUUGGCACAAUUUCUUCUGUGAAUGAGAUUUCAGAUAAAUUCGAUUUGAUUAUAAAUUGUGUUGGAGUGAGAGCUGUUCAGCUUUUGGAUGACCAGGAAGUGAAACCAAUUCGUGGACAGAUUAUUAGGGUAUCUGCUCCAUGGAUAAAACAUUUCUACGUUGAUUUUGAUAAGACUGAAGGUACUGAACGAUAUAUACUGCCAGGACGUGAUUAUGUUAUCCUCGGUGGUACAGGACAAGAAGGAAACUGGAGUACAGAUGUUAACCAACAGGAUAAGGACAAAAUUUGGGAGAGUUGUGUUAAUCUUGUUCCAAGUUUAAAGAAUGCACAGAACAUUAGUGAUUGGGUAGGACUUCGACCUGGAAGAACUAAAGUACGAUUAGAACUCGAAGAAAAAAGACAUAGUUCCGGAUGCAGGGUAAUACACAACUAUGGUCAUAGUGGAGCUGGUGUUACCUUACACUGGGGAUGUGCUGGUAAUGUAGCCGAGCUUGCGCACGCAGCACUAACACCAUUAUCGUCCAGACUUUGAGAAGGACACUUUACCUUUUAAAGGCGUUAAAUCAUAUCCUAGUCAAAUUAAAUGGUUAAACCAUUAGAGACAAACAUUUAAUUCAUGAUUUAAAUUAAUUGUACCUCAAACGUUUUCCAGACGGUAUUGUUUGUUAAUUUUUUCUUUUCUUUUACUGAAUAAAAGAAGAAAUUAUUGUCAA